ACGGUGCGCGGGCUCGACGGCGCGGCCAUGGCCGCCCUCAACGGCGCCGUGGAGAACGGGCAACCCGACAGGAAAGUGCCGCCGCCGCUGCCGCGGCCCCUGCGCAGCCUGGAGGUGAAGUACACCAAGAUAUUUAUUAACAAUGAAUGGCACGAGUCUACAAGUGGAAAGAAGUUCCCCACCUACAACCCUUCAACGCUGGAGAAGAUUUGUGACAUUGAGGAAGGAGAUAAGCCUGAUGUGGAUAAUGCAGUGGAGGCAGCCAAGGCAGCAUUCCAGAGGGGCUCUCCGUGGAGACAGAUGGGUGCCCCAAGCAGAGGACGACUCCUGCACAAACUGGCUGAUCUUCUGGAGCGAGACAGAGUCAUCCUGGCAACUCUGGAAACAAUGGACACAGGAAAACCUUUUCUUCAGGCUUAUUUCAUUGACCUGGAAGGCUGUAUAAAAACACUUCGGUAUUACGCUGGAUGGGCUGAUAAAAUUCAGGGCAGAACUAUCCCAGUGGAUGAAAAUUUUGUGUGUUUCACCCGGCACGAGCCGAUGGGUGUCUGUGGAGCCAUAACCCCAUGGAACUUCCCCUUGCUGAUGCUGAUUUGGAAGAUGGCACCAGCCCUGUGCUGUGGGAACACUCUGGUUAUCAAGCCAGCUGAACAAACUCCCCUCACGUCGUUGUACAUCGGCUCUCUGGUCAAGGAGGUGGGUUUCCCUCCUGGUGUGGUGAACAUUGUGCCAGGCUAUGGCCCCACAGCUGGAGCUGCAAUUUCUACCCAUGACAAUAUUGAUAAAAUUGCUUUUACUGGAUCAACCAAGGUUGGAAAACUGAUCAAGGAAGCUGCUUCUAAAAGCAACCUCAAAAGGGUGACAUUAGAGCUGGGAGGGAAAAACCCCUGCAUCGUGUGUGCAGACGCAGACUUGGACUUGGCAGUGGAAUGUGCCCACCAAGGCGUGUUCUUCAACCAGGGGCAGUGCUGCACGGCGGCCUCGCGGGUGUUCGUGGAGGAGCAGAUCUACCCGGAGUUCGUCAAGCGCAGCGUGGAGUUUGCCAAGAAGAGACUCGUUGGAGACCCCUUUGAUGCCAGAACUGAACAAGGGCCCCAGAUUGACCAAAAACAGUUUGAUAAAAUCCUGGAGCUGAUAGAAAGUGGGAAGAAAGAAGGGGCUAAGCUGGAGUGUGGGGGUCUUGCCAUUGAGGACAGAGGCCUGUUCAUCAAACCCACUGUGUUUUCAGAGGUCACUGACAACAUGCGAAUCGCCAAAGAAGAGAUUUUUGGGCCAGUUCAACCAAUUAUGAAGUUCAAGAGUAUAGAAGAGGUGAUAAGGAGAGCCAACAGCACCGAGUACGGACUCACGGCCGCGGUGUUCACAAAGAACCUGGACAGAGCCUUAACUCUGGCUUCAGCUCUGCAGUCAGGAACGGUCUGGAUCAACUGUUACAACGCGCUCUAUGCACAGGCUCCUUUCGGUGGCUUUAAAAUGUCAGGCAAUGGCAGAGAACUUGGUGAAUAUGCUUUGGCAGAGUAUACUGAAGUGAAAACAGUCACCAUCAAACUCUCCCAGAAGAGUCCAUGAGAACAGAAGGCCUAAAAUGCUGACACUCUGAAUGUGACACAUGGGGGACAUGUUCAGACCAAGGGGGAGGGGAGGGGUAGGAAGGAAAAUGGAAACACCUGUCUUUAUUCCUCUAGAAACACUGAAUCUACUGGACUCCGUUUUAUCAACUGGCUCUUCAAAAACUGAUUUUCCUGACCCUACUGGCAGUACUGUGUACUGUGGCAGUACACUCUUGUACUGUGCAAUUCCCUGGCCGUUCGUCUGCCUGCUACCUGUGGCUAAAAUGAUGGUCAGUCAUGGUGUUUGCAGGACAUCUGCUUUCAAACUGUACCCUGAAGGACAUGGACAUGACUGGCAUGUUAGAGAGAUUGCUGGUACCAUUAGCACGGGCUGGCAAACAACUUCAGAGGCAUUUGGGUUUCACUUGGCAUAGAUGGACUCGAGUGGUAGGGUUAGUACAACUUGGCUGGAGUUGGUGGAGUUUGUGUGGACAUUGCAGCUGGAGUUUGGAAUCUGAGUGCAAGCUUUCAUGGAAGGAUCUGUAACGAAAUUCUCUUUGAAAGAGCUAUCUUAGUCUCUCUAAAGAUACAUCCAUACUGGUGAUAUUCUAGCCCUGAAUGAGAUUUGUGGGAGUUUCCUAGAGGACUCCUUUGGGGCCAGUAUUUCACCUGACAGAACUAGACUUCCAAGUGUCCUUGGAACCUGAUGUUUUGGUGUGCACACACUACACAUGCUGUAAAUGCAAGUCACUGACUUGCUGACCCUUCUGGCUCCAAGUGAGUCACAGUUGUAUCUCAAACCUUCACUACAGCACUUUUUGCAGGAGGAUUUUGCACUGUACUUACCUUGAUGACACCAGGUUGGAUGCUGAGCAUAUAGCAUGGCAGAUACCCCACAGAAAACACCCCACACCGGUCCUUCUGACCUGGGGGAGAGAGCAGAAGAGCUGCAGGAAGCUGUCCUGCUCUCUCUUUCUCUGUAACUUUCAGGCUUUGUGAACAUCUCUUUGUUUUUUGAGCCAGGGCUAUUGUUGUGAGCAUAAAACUAUAAGCUCCUCUCACUGCUUCUUUAUCCUGUGUGAAUGUAGCUUAAAAUACAUACUGGGAGUACAGUAUGAAAAGGCAGGUGCUCCCAAGCACACACCAAGUGCUAAAGAGGUGGGUGUACGAGCCAGUUACUAUGGCUAAGCUAUGGCUGGACCUAAAUGUGCCAGAGCUUUGCAGUGGUUAUCCCUGUGAGUGCUGUCAUCUCGUAGCCAGCAUGGAGUAGUUGAUCCUUCACUGAGCAACCAACUGUGUUGGAUUGUCUCUUGCUCACAGCUGUCCAUGGAGUGGCUGUCACACCAAGUUCAUAUCUUAGUACCUCCUGCAGUAACUCCUUUGCAUGCCCAGACAUUAUUAGGGGAUUAAUGACAGGUCACACACACUGUCUUCAGUUCCUGGGUUCACUGCUUUCCCUCCUCCUCCUCCUGACUCUACUGGAGAACCACUGGCAAAAGGACGGCAAGUCCCACGUCUGCAGGAGCUGUGAGUGUGGAGGAGUUAGUGGUGACAGCUUGUUAGGAAGUUCAGGUGAUCCCACUGGGAUUGUCCUCUGAGAACAAACCCACGGAGGUUCCUUAUGGCAUAUACACAGAUCUCCAGGGAGCACUCAUAAAGAUUCCUGCCUGGAGUUUUCCAGAUGUCAGUGUUUGAAGCAGAAAUGCAGGUCUGACCUCUCUUCUCUGCUGCAAGCAAGGAUUUAACCAGUACCUUCCUUUGCUCAGAGAUAGUCAGUAACAAGUUCUGUUGCAUGAGUGGAGCUUUUUUGGGAGGAGGAAGGAAGGUGGGUGGUGAUAAGUAAGGAAAAUGUUUGCAUGAGCCUAAACUUCCUUAUUAGUUAGUGAACGUUGAAAUUGCACUUCAACACCACUUAACUUCUUACAUGACAUACCUCCAACAGUUGUAAUGAGGUGCCUGUCCUUCCAUGGCAUGUGAGACAGGUAAAUCUCCCCAUCCCGUGAGGAAAAUGUCCUCCCUUCCCUGUGAAAGGCCAAAUGGGAACAUUGUACAUAAGUUUUUAUUUUUGUAAAACACUUAGAGUGCAAACAUCUUCUCAGACAAACAUUUUACUCUUGCCUACCUGAGAGUUUUCUCGGGCUGCAGCCAGACAGUAGGGAGAUGAGGCAAACAGUAAAAGGCUGGUUAUCUUGAUGUAUCUCUGAUGUAUUUUUGAUAAACAGUGGUGGAAACUGAAAUCAUCUAAAAUUCUUUAAAUCCUACUAUUCUGACUUUAUAUGUAUGAUAUAUAUUUCACUUUUUUUCCCUUAUUAUGUUUUUAAAAUCAUGUAUUUUAAAAAUUUUACAUUUUUCAAUGUAUCUCUUAUUGUAUAAAUCAGGGUUUGACUCUACACACUGAAUUUUCUAAGUUAUAUAACACUAGACACUAACUAAAAUAACCCCUUAGAGGGUAUAUAUAUUUCUUUCAUUGCACAGUUAAGGCUUUCAUAUGAAAUAUUAGUUGUUUUUUUAAAAGAAAAAAACCUAUAUUUAUAAAUUAGGAUACAGUUAAUCUAAUGUAUUUUUAUAGCUAAAGGUACAUGAAAAUGCUAUGUUUAAACCUCAUGUAUAUAUUUAGACUAUGGGUAUCUUUUUUUGUAAUAGUUCUUGUUCCUAAUAAAUGUUUAACUUUGUGAAA